GCGCAGUGUGCUCUUACUCUCGCCCACCCAAGCCAAAAUAGUCUAUUGUUCUUGAGGUCUUUCGAAGAUGUAUUUUUCUUAAUUACAAUUCUAGCCAUUAUUCAGGCAGGGAUUUCCCAAGCCGGAACUCUUGAGGUCAUAGAUCAUGAUGGGCAAUGUCUGAUAUGGUCUAACGAUAAUUAUGGCUGCACGGGUUACUCUGCGUCUUUUGGCCUUCUCGAUGGAAUUGAUUGUUCAGAGCUUAGUGAGGUCGUCAAUGGCAACCGUCAUGAAUUGAAUGUGCUCAACGUCGACGUAUGCGGUACUGAAGACGGCUUACCCGCUGCUUGGAUCCAGGUGAACCACACGGGAUUGGUCACUUUUACCAAUAAAAAUGGGAACCAAGCGUCCUGUGUGCUCAAUAAUAGAUUAAAGACUGGCAGCUGGUGUGUUGCUACUGGAAAAUGGAACAAAACGAAUUCGCCCUCCUACUCAUCUACCAGUAAACUAUCUACCGGCACUCCAUCUGCUAGGACCCCAUCUACCAGCACUUCAUCUACCAGUACUUCAUCUACCAGCACUCCGUCUGCCAGCAGUCCAUCUACCAGUACUCCGUCUACCAGCAGUCAAUCUACCAGCAGUCAAUGUACCAGCAGUCAAUCUACCAGCACUCCAUCUACCAGCACUCCAUCUACCAGCACUCCAUCUACCAGCACUCCAUCUACCAGCACUCCAUCUACGACCACUAUGGAAGAUAACCUGGUCAGGAGUACUACUGUUGUUUGGGUCACGAGGUAA